CACAUUCUCAUAAUUGUUGUAUGCAUGCAUGUAGAAAAUAAGCAGGAUCUUCCCGAUUGAAGUUGGAUUGUUACGAUUGAAAGCUUCCGGGAAUGCAGAAGGUUGCCUAAUAAAAUAUGUAUUAAAUUAUACAGUAAAAUGAGAAUUAUGUGGAAAAUGCCGGUUUUGCCAAUGACUUUGAACAGCUGGAAACCAACAAGUGUGUGCAAAAAAUCAAUGCAUUUUGUACAUGUCAAUCAGGAGCAGCAAAAUUUUAAUAAAACUGAAUGGCUAAUCUUAGAAGAUAAUGGUGGAGGCCUAGGACAGUAUCGAUAAUGUAAAGCAUCCAACGGAUAUCAAAUAAGAUGGCCUAAUUCAUCUUAGAAUUUAAUUCACAUUGGAAAUUAAACCCGAUGUAACCGUUAAUAUUAUAAAAUAUAUAAAAAUGGAAGUGUGGUGGUUUUCUCGGGUUGUGGCGCAUCAUCCAUAUGCUAUUUUGGUAGCUGUUUUUGUGUUUUCAACAACAUGUUUGAUCGUGCCCUUAACGACUAAAAAAUUCCCAGACUUCUCUGACCCACAAUUAGGUUUUGAAGCUAGAGGAACUAUGUUGGCCCAAAGACUAACUGCUUGGCAAAACUUAAUGGAUGCGACAAGACCACGAGGCAAUUUAGUUGAUAAUCCAUUGGAGUAUUAUCAUUUUCUUCAACAGAACCUUACCAGUUUUCGAAAUGGUAAUCACACAAGUUCAGGUAUUUUAAGGAAGAAGCCAAAAAAUAGGAAGAAAGGCAAAAAAUAUGAAAAGCCUAAAAAUAAUACUACGAAAGAAACAGAUGGGGCUGAAGCCAAAGACAGAUGGGAAGAACUACGAGAACUAAGAAAUAAAGAUCUUUCCCACAAUUUGGAUGUCCACAAUGAUCAUAGUUUCUUAGGCGAAGAUGGUUUUUUUUGUAAUUUACCAAGUUCGUCUUAUGCUCGUGUCGUCGUUGGUUCUAAUUCAGAAGAAACAAAUUUAUGGACAGUUGAUGGAGUCUUAGCUCAAUGUCGUAUCGAUGCACUUCUUCGAGCGAAUUCAGAAUUUUCUUCUCUUUGCGAAAUGGAGACGGAACGAAGUGGUAAUGGGCGAAAAUGUUGUCGAAGUUGGUCACCCGCUAAUUAUGUUGCCUUGUUGUCUAACAAGACUACUUGUUUGAGUGUUACUGAAAAUGAUCUUAGCCGAGUUGAAACAAUUCUAGAAAGAUGUGCAUAUUUUUACCAUAAUCUAGAAUUAACUCCUGACUGUGCAGAAGAUGAGCGUUGUCAAAGACGCGUUCCAGUAGAAUGUUAUGUUCAUAACGCUCCUUAUCAUCUGCUUCAUUUCCUUCUUGACGUCGAUUUUAUACCAGCCAAUAAACAAGGAUCGGCAUAUAAAUCCAAUGUGACGUUGCGUACUGCAAUGUUAUUUCUUCCAAUUGCUGCAAGCUCUGCCAGUUUGAACUUCUACAGGGAACUAAAUGUAGAAGCCUUAACUUACGGGAAAUUCCGUGUGUUGGGAAUGCAAUUAGGCCUAAAAAGUACUCUUUUUGAUCGCCUAUUGAUGUCAGACUCCCGUUUGGUGUUGGCUGGUUUUGCAUUUGUAACUGUUUGCAUUUGGGCAUACACUGGAUCGUUUCUCUUAACUACAUCCACUAUUUUGGCUGUUCUUUUCAGCCUUGGAAUCUCAUAUGCGCUUUACACUCUUAUCUUACGGAUUGCAUUUUUUCCAUUCAUGAAUUUAUUAGCGAUUGUCGUUGCCGUUGGUAUCGGAGCAGAUGACGCAUUUAUAUUUUGUAAAGUAUGGGAAUGUGGUAAACAACAAAAAUUGAACAGCGGCGGUUUGGUUCAUUUGGUGCAAGAAACAAUGAAACACGCAGUUCCUUCCAUGUUCGUUACGUCGUUAACAACAGCAGUUGCAUUCUUUGCCUCGAUAGUAAGCAACGUUACUGCCAUAAAUUGUUUUAGUUUAUUUUCAGGUAUGACAGUUAUCGCCAACUUCUUUUUGAUGAUCACUUGGUUACCGGCAAGUGUAGUAGUAUCGGAGCACUGUCGCCUUACGGCCCUGUCACCAGCCAAUUUUAUCGCAAGAAAAAUUAUAAGACCCUUCAGGAUAUUUACGGAUAAAAUUACAGUUGGUUUCGGAAAGUUUCUCGUUCGACUUGCAAUCAAUUUAAGAUGGCUGUGGCUCCUGGGAUUAGGAACGAUCGCUAUAGCUGCCUGUACCGUAGUUUUCCGAUACCCAGGGUUGCAAUUACCGGAUUCUCCAGAUUUUCAGCUGUUCGAUAGCUCCCACCCUUUUGAACAAUACGAUUUGGUCUAUGCUCGGCGAUUCUGGUUUGAGAAACUUGAAACGGGAGAAGGUGGGGAAGUGUUACCGCUAAGAUUUGUAUGGGGAGUGAAACCAGUGGACAACGGAGACUACUUAAAUCCAGAUACAAGGGGUACACUGGAAUGGGACGAUACUUUUGACGUUUCUGAUCCAAACUCUCAGUUGUGGUUGCAACAGUUUUGUCGGAAUUUGCGAGGACAAGUCUUUUAUCGCAGCACGACGGGACCUCUUCUCCCCAAUUGUUUCGUCGAGUCUAUGCGUUCUUGGAUGGAACGACGCUGCGAGGAUCCCAUAGAUGCCCACAUUGAUCGAGCUCCAUGUUGCGAGAAAAAUCCAUUUCCUUACGCUCCCAACGUAUUAAGGCAGUGCGCUGCUGAAGCAAGUGCCGAGUUGCACCGAACUCCACCUCAGUAUUGGACCCAAGGUGGUACAGUGACGGCAGGGCUGAAAUUUUUAAAACUACCACCCGAGACCAUGUCCGUAUCUUCGACCAACCACACAACACUCGAGACGUUACCACCACCGAUACCCACUAUCAAAGGCCUUGUUGUUGAGUACGAUAGUACAUAUGCUUACACGCUCUCUUUCUCCGAAAUGGAUAAUUUCUACAAUCAGGUUGAGACGUGGAUGCAAGAACAACUUGCCAGUGCACCCCCAGGUAUGCGUGGUGGCUGGUUCGUCAGUCGAUUCGAGUUCUACGAAUUGCAACGUACUUUGUACGAAGGUACCAUGUGGGCAAUGGUUGUAUCCAUGAUCCUCGCCCUCACGGUGCUUGCGUUUGUCACCUUAAACCCUUUGGUUAGUCUCUACGCGAUUAUUACUAUCGGAGCCGCUAUAGUAGUGACGAUAGCGGCCCUAGUCCUUCUUGGAUGGAAACUGAAUGUAUUGGAAAGUGUCGCCGUAUCUACUGCAAUAGGUCUGGCCGUUGACUUUAGUCUGCAUUACGGAGUGAGCUACAGAGCUUGCGUUUCCGAGGGUAGAAUAGAUAGGGUGAAGGCAGCGUUGGAACAAAUGGGAGGACCAACUUUGAUGGCAGCCGUGACCAGCGGUGCUGCCGGUGCUCUGAUGCUUCCAUCGCGUGUGUUGGCCUACAUACAAAUUGGAAUAUUUCUACUGUUAGUCAUGGGAAUCAGCUGGCUGUACGCGACAUUGUUUUUAUGUCCUCUACUCGCCGUUAUGGGACCGUCGAGGCACUUUGCACAGUUCCAAUAUCCUAGAUUGGGAAAGUCAUUUUUCCGUAUGAAGAAGGAUAUCGUUGAAGGAACUACGGAGGUUGAUAAGAGAAAUGGGAGGAGUCGGAAAAGAUGCAAGGGAAAAGGGAUGCUAUCCGAGUCGACUUUGAGCACCUCCAGUACCGUGUGUCAGUUCCAUUGUGGCGAAUUGGAGGCACUCGCAGCACGACCUCCCCCAUCGCCUUCUUUACCGCCUUCGCCGACCUCGACGUUACUUUACAUCGACUCGGCUCAGAUGGACCCAAGGAACAGUAAAAGGAGAUCCAACGAGAUCGACUAACGGUUUACACGAUUUGAUACUUUGCCAAGGAUCAUCGAGACUUCACGCAAUUGCGAUCGCACGUGAACGCGUGAUCUCAUUUAGGGUAAGGAGUAUGCGACCGUGCUGCCGUAAGUUUCAUACCGAAAUCGUUUACACGAUCAGCGAUUUUUAUCCGCAUUUUUCGACAGUAGCCAAGGAAAGUACUUUGCCAAUUGUUAUGAAUUGUUUUAGGUCUGAAUCAAUCGACUCCUUUAUUUAUAUAGUACGUCUAGAUGUAUGAUCGACAGGUGUAGUGCAAUCGAUGUAUUUAAUUCAAGUUUCUGUACACGAUUAUUACGAGUUUAUAAGAUUUUCAGGGGUGUUGGACCUCUCGUAAAUGUUGUGAAUGAUCGUCACUGGGAUCAACCGGUUGUUUGAUAUGCACGUUAUGUGGAUAUAUUGAAAUCCCGGGGAUAUUCCAUUUUAUAGGUUUCUUGUUUUUCGUUAAUAUUCAAUUUAUCAGUAUUAUAAAUUCCAUGUCUUCCCAUUGCCACAAUAUGCGCACUUUCGAUGGUGUUAAGUGUAUGUAUGUACAGAUAUUAAGGAAUGAGUACACGGGUGUUCUGAAAACGUGUUUAUAUGUGAUCUUGUAUCCCACAGGUUUUUUUGGCAAAAGCUGGAAUAUUAAAUGACUUUUUCGUUUUCCGAAGAUGAUUUCGCAUUUGAGUAAAAUGUUGAUAAACUUAUUAUUUGCAGUCUAUCGACUGAACUACUUCAGGGCAUACUUUACAACUUAACUGUUUAAGAUAACACACUUCUGAUAGCGUUAAUAAUUGCAUAUGUUGGUAACGAAUAAGCGCAAGAUCCUAAAGCCAUAUGUUUGUCAAUGCAUAUAUUGUACAAAUAAGUAUUACAUUUUUCAGUCAGUUGUGGAAACGGUAUUAAGCAAUUCAUUGUUUUCUAAAUAUAUCUCACAUUUCUGAAAUUCUACAUUCGUGGAAUCGAAGCAGAAAUCAGGUGACAAUAAAAAGUGUCAGGUUCAUCAUUUCAUUUUGGACUACGACCUAUGAUCUUGCAAUUUUUAUUGUGUACCAUUUUAAGAAAUAUUUAGACGAAUUACAAUUGUAAAUUUAAGAAGCGUAACAAAUAUUGAUCACAUCUAGGGACUGAGUUACGAUGACAUUCAUGUCCAUUUAUUUGCAUACGCUGUAUUGGAUUUAUGGAUCCUAUUAGUUAACUGUUUAAAUCCCAGCGUAUUUGUACAUUUUAUUAUAUAUCUUUUGCAGUGCAAAGAUCGUCAAAGGCUGAAUUAAGACGGAAAAUCGUAUCCUUUUGCGAUACCCGGUCUGAACAUAGAAUAAGCAAAAGUAUAUGAUUGGGGCAUCCGUUAUUUAUUGUUACGUCUAAACGUAUACAAUGUGCUCCAAGUUAUCCAGUGUUUUGCAAAUGUUACUCUUGUUACGAGCGCCUCGAUUGUGAUGUUAAUUGUAUUCCAUGUGACGUUCAAGUGAUAGAUUCUUGUUAAAUACUAGAGAAUGUUUGUGUAAUAAUAAUUUGACUUAAUAAACUAUGUAUAGACGUC